CGCUGUGUAGUGUUUUGGAGUCGUGGUGAUUUGGGGCGAGAUCUUUAUUUUAUAUAUAUAUAUAUAUAUAAAUAUAUUAACCAUAUAGUAUAUUUUAUCCACUAACAGGAGAGAACGAUAGACGAGAUUCUGUCUUGUUUGCCUAGUCAACAAUGGCACAACGAAGGAAAAAGAUGUGGAAAAAGAAGAAGCACACGGGACACAGAGAACCCGACGUGGACUCGGAUGGGGGAGAUUUCGAACUGGCAGCAGAAAUGAAAGACGACAGUUUUGCUGGUAAAAGGCUGCCUCGCUUCCCAGUAUCAUCUGAUUGCCUGUCAGAUGUGGAACCAGACAUGAGAGAGAUGGUCCGAGCUCAGAACAAGAAGAAAAAGAAAUCUGGAGGCUUUCAGUCAAUGGGUCUCAGCUACCCCGUGUUUAAAGGGGUCAUGAGGAAGGGCUACAAAGUUCCCACUCCCAUCCAAAGAAAAACUAUUCCGAUCAUCCUGGACGGUAAAGAUAUGGUAGCCAUGGCCAGGACAGGAAGUGGAAAGACAGCUGCCUUUUUGGUGCCCAUGUUUGAAAGACUAAAGGGGCCCCAAGCUCAAACAGGUGCCAGAGCGCUGAUCCUCACCCCCACAAGAGAACUGGCACUGCAGACCAUGAAGUUUACUAAAGAGUUGGGCAGAUUUACAGGGCUGAAAACAGCACUGAUCCUUGGUGGAGACAGCAUGGACGAUCAGUUUGCUGCACUGCAUGAGAAUCCAGACAUCAUCAUUGGAACCCCAGGUCGUCUGAUGCAUGUCGUCAUGGAAAUGAACCUUAAGCUGCAGAAUGUGGAGUACGUGGUGUUUGAUGAAGCUGAUCGGCUUUUUGAGAUGGGCUUCACUGCGCAGCUGCAGGAGAUCAUCAGACGGCUUCCUGAAACCCGACAGACCCUGCUUUUCUCCGCCACACUGCCCAAGCUGCUUGUGGAGUUUGCUCGAGCUGGAUUAACUGAUCCAGUUCUCAUUCGUCUGGAUGUGGACAGUAAACUCAGUGAUCAAUUAAAGCUGGCCUUCUUUUAUCUGCGCCUGGACGACAAGCCAGCAUUUCUGCUGCAUUUACUUCGUAACGUUGCGAAGCCGCAGGAGCAGACGGUCGUAUUUGCAGCUACCAAACACCACGUGGAGUACCUGAACCAGUUACUGACUGCAGAAGGAAUCGAGUGUGCAUACAUCUACAGCGCCUUGGACCAGACAGCCAGAAAGAUCAACAUCGGUCGCUUCGUCCACCGUAAAGCAAUGGUCCUCCUGGUGACAGAUGUGGCAGCUCGUGGUAUUGACAUCCCACUCUUGGACAAUGUCAUCAAUUACAACUUUCCCUCCAAGGCAAAGCUCUUUCUGCACAGAGUUGGUCGUGUAGCUCGUGCAGGCAGGAGUGGAACAGCCUUCAGCUUGGUGUGUCCAGAGGAAGUUCCAUUUGUGUAUGACCUUCACCUUUUCCUUGGACGACCUGUUGUGUUUGCAACUUUUGAUCAUCAACAAGAUGCUGACGGAGUCUUCGGACGUGUUCCACAGAACGUCUUGGACGAUGAGGACGCACACCUCCUCACUGUCCACGAGAACUCUUUAGACCUCGAGAACCUCAAACGGAUUUCGGAGAAUGCUUACAAGCACUACCUGAAGUCUCGACCUAACCCCUCACCUGAAUCCAUCAAGCGGGUGAAAAACACGGAUCUGUCCUCCAUAGCUAUUCACCCGCUGAUAGGGUCAGGAUUCGAGAAGGUGGAGUUGGAUAGAUUGCAGAUUGUCGACAAUCUUAAGGCUUAUAAAUCAAAAUCUACUAUAUUUGAGAUCAAUUCCAACAACAAAACCAACGCGAGCGAGGUCAUGCGAACCAAGCGAUCUCGGGACAGCAAACUGGUGGACAAAUUUCAGAGGACGAGAGAAGAACUUUUAGCCGAGAAUCAGCAGAAACCACCAGUUCCUCAGAGCUCGAGCACAUUCCAGCUGCAGUCUGUAGAGGACGAGGACGCAGACCUUCAGGGUGUGUUCUCCAAGGUAGUUGGAGGAAUAAAGCGGAAACAGCAUGAGAACACGGACGUGGAUAGACCAAAGAGCAAGAAAAACAGGCAGUCAGGACGAGACGAGGAGUUUUACAUCCCAUACAGACCCAAAGACUUUGAUUCAGAGAGAGGACUCAGUCUAGCAGCAGAAGGAAAUACGUUUGAUCAUCAGGCCUCUUCAGCUAUGCUGGACCUGAUGGGUGACGAGAGCACCACACUGGACCAGCAUAAGAAAAUGAUGAAAUGGGAUCGCAAGAAAAAACGCUUUGUCUGUGAUACUGGAAAGGAAGACAAAAAGAACAAAAUAAAAACAGAGAGUGGGCAAGUGGUCAGUGUUAAGAGGACCAAGAAGAACUUCUAUGAGGAGUGGAAGAAAAAAUACAAGGUGGACGAUACAGUGUCUGAUUCAGAUGGAGAGAAUGGAGGAGGCCGGGGCCAGAAAUUUGGAGGUCAAAGAGGUGGAGGUGGACGCGGAGGUGGACGCGGAGGUGGGCGCGGAGGUGGGCGCGGAGGUGGACGCGGAGGUGGACGCGGAGAUGGCCAUCAGCCCCAAGACAGGAGUGGCUCACGGGUCCGUUCAGAACUCAAGAACCACGAACAGAUCCUAAAACAGCGCAAGCAGAUUUCCAAGCAGCGCUUCGUGCAGGGUGGCGGCUUGAAGAAGAUGCGUGGCAAAAGCAAGCAGCGCCUGAAGGAGGUCAUGAAGUCCGGCUUUGGUCGCGGCAACAUCAAAAAAGGCAAAAUGAGGAAGAGACUUUAAAAGCUUGUGUAGAUAAAACUCAUGCUGGAGAACAAAUUUCAGCUCUCCAAACCUAAUACAAACUGUAUCAGAUUCAUUAUUUCAGGAGGGUUUGGGAUAUUAAGUGGAUCGUGAGGUUGAUCUGUGAUGCCAUAUAAAUUUGUGUCUUGAGAGCAUAA